AUGCACGUCUCCAAGAUCUUGGCAUUUGCUCCAACCCUGGCGCUGGCAGCACCUUUGGCUGUCGAGAAAGCAUCUGGUGUGAGACACGAUGCAGCAGCCAAGCCAGAUGAUGCCUAUCAAUGGGCAUCUGACAGUGGUUACGCCUCGUUCACUAAGCGGGCGGCCGAGAAGAAAGAGAUAGCUCGUGAUGCUAAGGCAAAGCCAGAUGAUGCCUAUGACUGGGCAUCUGACAGUGGUUACCCAGUCUUCACUAAACGUGCGGCCGAGAACAAGGCGGUAGCUCGUGAUGCUAAGGCCAAACCUGAUGACGCCUACCAGUGGGCAUCGGACAGCGGAUACGCUUCUUUCACGAAGCGUGAGGCUGUGCAAGUCGAGGCUUAA